UAUGGAGAAAUAUUUUCCCUUUACGUCUUUGGAAAAAUAAUAACUAUAGUUGGCAAAGAACCUAGUCUUGAAGUUAUUAGCGAUCAUCAAAACUUUAAUUUCUUAAAAGCUGUCUUCGAUACUCUCCCACUUGAUUUGUUACUAGGACAACCACAUGCUUUCUUUGAAAAAAUUUCAAAGGUUGUUCGUGAUGAAUUGUCUAAUGAUCUGAAGCAAUAUACAAAUAGAAUUCAGGAUGCAUUAAAAAAAUCAAUAAACAGGUUUUUUGGUGAAUGCAAAGAUCGGAAAUGUAUUAAAUCUCCACAACAAUUUCUUCUGCAAAUAGUGGCAAUACCUGCGGUCAGUGUUAUCGUUGGUGAA